UUAGGACGAAUCUUCGGAUUCGGAGAACACAUCCGAUGAAGAACCACACCAUCCACCUAGAAAAAAGAAGAAAGACUCUGAUGCUGAUUACGCCAGGACAUUGCACGCCGAAACCAACGGAAUGCGAAAGCGGUCUACCACAGGUGCUCGAAAAAUCCUUGUGUUCAUCUUAUCAAUCAUGACAGGUAGUAAAUCAAAAGCUCCGCGAAAGUCCUCCGGUGAUGGACAAAAUGUAUUCACUCGUCCUGUUACGUUAUCUAAAGAGUUGGCUGAGUAUUUGGGUGAGGAACAGUUGUCAAGGUCUGAAAUGGUGAAGCGCCUCUGGGCUAUUGCUCGCGAAGAACAACUAUUUGUAUGUCUUGCUUUAUAG